GCGGGAAAUGAGAAAAGGAAAAGCGCUUAACCUUAAAUCUUUUUCUGCGACCGCGAUAAACGCGUAAUGGUGAUUACGGUGAUUAGAGAUAUAACAUUAAAUGAUUUCUCUUUCGAUAAUUUAUAGUAUAGUAAAAUUUUGUCUACUUAAUGUAUUUGUUUAAUUUCUUAACACCGUGUAUAAUUGUUUACUUACAAUUGUGGAUUUGUAACGUGUGUUAUAUGUAACAAUGGCUGACAGUAAAUGUGUACAGAUGAUUCAAACAAAUUUUUCAUUAUAUGGCUUGGUAUUGUCAAGAGAGCUUAGAGUAUCUCUUGCAAAGCAACUGUUAAAAAUAUCAGAAAACGAACGUGAAUCUUGGCUCAGUCAUAUUAUAGAAUUGAUCUUGGCUCAAAAUUUGGGUGAUCCGCAUGUUAAAGCUGAACAUAUAAAAAUUGCUAUAGAAGAAUGCUUGGAGCCAAAUAAAUUGAAAGACACGGAAACAGUGUUCAAUGUUAUCAAUGGAUAUGAUAUACCAAAGAUAAGGUAUGACAUUUCUAAAAAGAAAUUUAUUAUUGACAAUGAAAACUCGUGUUCUGAAGCACAAUGUAAAUCACUGGUUUUUAAACAUCGUUUCGAACUGGCAUGGUACAAAACCCUAAGGCAUAAACAAUUUAUGUCUUCUAAAUUUGAGAAACAGCAAACAAAUGAGACCAAUUUAAUACCCAUUGAAUAUUUAUUAAGCGAGCUAAGAAUAGGAAAUGUAUGCGUAAUGGGUCUGAUAACACAAUUAAUGGAAGAUCAAUAUUAUUUAGAGGAUACAAGUGGAACUGUCAAGAUUGAUCUCAGCGAUACAGAUUUCCAAAAUACUUUUAUCAUGGAAGGCUGUAUAGUAAUAGCUAAUGGUAUUUACAAGGAUGAUGUAUUACAUGUAAAAAAUAUCAAUCUUCCGCCAAUAGAAUCAUCAGAAAGCUUGCGAUCAGACUUUGGCGAUACAAAUACAUUUGGUGGCCCACAUAAUAUAUCUUUAAAAAUGUCAGAAAAGUUACGAGUCCAUGAAGAGAAUGACCAAGACGGAAUGAUAGUAUUUAUAGCAGAAUUAUGGUUGGAUGUUCCACAUAUCUUACAAAAAUUUAAGACAAUACUGGAAGGUUACAUGGAUUAUCCUCCCAUUGCUUUUGUAUUAUGUGGCCAUUUCUUAAGUUUCUCCACAAAUACAACUAGUGUGCAAGCUUUACUAACAGGUUUUAAAAAUUUGAUUGACAUAAUAGCACAAUAUACAAAUGUAAUAGAAUCUUCCAAGUUUGUUUUUGUACCUGGCCCACAUGAUUUAGGCUCUCCUAAAAUUUUACCAAAACCUUCUUUGCCAAAAUACAUUAUUGAAGAAGUCACAAAAGUAAUACCAAAUGCUAUUUUUACCACAAAUCCAUGUAGAAUACAGUAUUGUACAAAAGAAAUUGUAAUAUUAAGAGAAGAUAUGUUAACAAAGAUGUGUAGGAACGCGCUUCGUUUUCCGAAAGAGGAACAUUUUUUUAAAUAUUUUGCUAAAGCCAUCAUCAGCCAAUCACAUUUGACCCCUGUGCCUCUUCAAGUUGUUCCUGUAAAUUGGAGAUAUGAUCAUGCUUUACAAAUAUUUCCGACGCCAGAUCUUAUUGUAAUUGCUGAUAAUUUUGAAACAUACACAACUAAUUAUUCUGACUGUUACGUGAUAAAUCCUGGAAUGUUCUCAAAAAACAAUUUUUCGUUUCAAGCUUAUGUGCCUGCUAUCAAUCAGAUUCAAGAUUGUCAACUUCCAAAUGACACCAAUGUUGCUUAAUAAAAAUACAAAAUUAUGUGAAAAAUCACAACAAAUUUUUUGUAUUUAGAUAAUGUAUAGAGCUACACUGGGUAUUAAUAUAAGUAAUUUUUAUAAUUUUACAUAUUUAUUUCGUUUUAAUAACAAAAUCUUGGUUAUUUUUACAAUAUUUCGAAAACGCGCUGAUAAUAGAUCAUUUAAACUAUAAUUUUUGACACCAUGUAUAAACGCGAAACAAAUUAAAUUAUAAAGCCAAGAGACAAAAAUAAUUUAAUCACAAAGGACCUCUGAAUAAUUUCUUACAAUUAAUUCUCUGUGUCCAUUAAUACAAUAGGAAAUAUUAAGAAAUAACUUGGCGACAAUUUCAAUUUUUAAAAUGGAACAUUUGUAAUGUUAUAAACAUAAUACACACCUUUUUCUAAUUAUUUCUAUUUUUCUUUUGUAUUUCCCGCAUUGAGAUGACUAAUAGAAUUGUGUAACAGAUUGUGAAUACAUAGAUGGACACAGAUGGUACGCGCAUGCUUAUUCUUUCUUAUCAAUUCAUAUAAAUAGAUACAUAGAAUAUUAAACACAGUAUUUCUACUAUUUUGCAAUAUACAUAACAUUAUACAGGUACAGACUGGGCCCCAAUUUAUCUCAAUUUAUUUCAAUUUGUUGCACUGGAAGCAUAAGUCAAUUACUGGCCGUAAUGAACCAAAUAUGAUCUUUCUGUAAGCGUACAGAGUUGUUAAUGUUCAAUCAUAACAUUACAACAUGAUAAUACUAACAUCACACUUUGUGUGAGCAAUAUAAAUUUAUUUUUUAGCAUCUACUUUCUUUGAUAUUGCUAAAAAAAUGGCGCAUACAGAUAUGGAAAUAAAUUUAUAUGAAAUCAAGGUGUGUAUAACGGCAAUAAUAAACUCCGGGAAGAAAUUUUUUGUACAUUAUAUUCUCUAUGAUUUCGUUUAAAAUAUUUCAAAUGCAACAUGCUCUAAAUAUUGUUAAUACUUUACAUAACGGAAGUUAAUGAUCGACACAAAUAUUUUCUUCAAAACAUAUAGGAAGCAAAUUUGAUAUUUUAAAUACUAGAUUACGAAGUGCAAACACGUGACGUCGAAUCUCAGAAAUCGAAAUAAAGAAUUUCAUAUAUAUGUAUACAUAUAUUAGGGUUGGAACAUUAUAAAACCGUUACUUUUUAAAAGUGACUCAUUACUAAUACUCGUUAUUGAAACCUUCUGUCCACGAUGCUAAAAAUCAAUCCAAGAUUUUGGACAGAGAGAGACUGAACAAUCGCAUUAGUCAGUUGGCUAAAUCAAAUGCGAUUUGAUUUAAUUUUCUGUCUUCUUCGAGAUCUCAAACUGAUUUUUAGCAUUGUGGAAACAAGAUAUUAGAAUAAUGCUAGUGGCAUAUAAAACAAUGUAAGCAGUUAGUAAGCAAAUUGGCUAAUCAUAAUCGAAAAUGUACUGAGUCGCCUGUCGCAAUAUUACGGUUUAGACUUUAUAUAUGAUCGAUAAGUCGUUGCUAUUCCAUGUGACCGACAAGGAAUCGGGCAAUAGGUGUCGACAAGGAAUCUAGCCGAAAAUUGUAAAUCAAAAUUGUUAAGCAAAAAAUUCAUUUAUAUUAAAUGUGAUACCAAAAAAUAAGUUACAUGCAGAUUUUUCUUGUAGAAAUAAAUACGUGCUUAAAUUGUUUUUAAUUUUGUUUGUGUAGUGAAUUCGUUCAAAGUAAUAAUUAAGCGAUAAUACUAUGUAUUUUAUUUAUCACUUUUGUUAUUUUUUUUUUGUUAACUUUUUUCCCUUUGAACAUCGCUAACAUCACUGUUGUUACUUGAACAGUUCAAUAUGAAAUCUAUAGUGGUUUUGAUCAAUCAUAACAUGAUCCAUAAGCUUAUAUCAUACAUUUAUAAGGAUAAAAUUUGUUAUUAUGUAAAAAUGUAACAUUACUGUUACAUUUAACA